GUAGCUUAUGCCUACCACUCCUAUCUCAGUAACAGUGCCUACAAUACUAAGAGACUGGUUGCAUCAGAAGCAGAGCUGGAAAGCCAUCUUUGCUAGCUGCUGAGAGUGAGAGAAACAGCUGAACCUUAGGACAUCCACAGACUGUCUGACCGAAAACAAUGUCAGCCCCAGUUCCCACCCAAGGUGCCGGAGGUUCCACAAUUUCCGGGGCAGGAGGGCCUCCACCCCCCACCAAUGUGACCAGUAAUAGAAGACUGCAACAGACACAAGCUCAGGUCGAUGAGGUGGUGGACAUCAUGCGAGUGAAUGUAGACAAGGUUCUAGAAAGAGACCAAAAGCUUUCAGAGCUUGACAACCGGGCAGAUGCAUUACAAGCUGGUGCCUCACAGUUUGAAACUAGUGCAGCUAAAUUGAAGAGAAAAUACUGGUGGAAAAACUGCAAGAUGAUGAUCAUCCUUGGUGUAGUAUGUGCAGUCAUUCUUAUUGUAAUUAUAAUUUAUUUCUGCACUUGAAAAGGCAACGAGGGGAAGGCUUGGCAUGGCUUGGUUCAUCUUUUCUGAUAUUCUCUUAUUGAACUCUGCUUUUUAAUUCCUGGUGUCUUGGGGAAUUUUGCCUGUUAUAAUCCGUAAGCAUUCAGUGUAGUGUGUUUGGUAUUAUACUGUUUCCACAUGAAACUGUACCAGCUAAAUACUGCCAAGUAAUUCCAUGUAUUGUCUUAUCAUUGUGUCUUAAAAUGCAUCCACAAUGACCUUCAGAAACUGUAAUAUAUGAAAAGCAUCCUACACUUUUCAGAAUCAUAAGAGAACAGUUAUAGGGAAAGUCCUUUACUUUAAAAGGACACUGUCAUGUAGUUUAGGCCCAAAAUUAAGAUUUUUAUUAAAUAGUAGGGCCAAAAUCGUCAAACUUGACGGCCUAAAUUAGGCUUCAAAAUCCAUAUCUAAACACACAAAUAAAUGUGGCCUGAUUCAUCUAGAGCACCUGCUAAUUCUGUUUUAGUCAAUGGGAGCUGCAGAUGUUUAAUGAAUCUGAAUGUCAAAUUAUUUGUAUUUAGGUGUCUAAAUAUGGACUCUGGAGCCUAAUUUUAGGCACCCAGGUUUGAAACUAUUUGGUCUAGGUUUUGUACAACUACAGGAAUGCUUUCCUGGAUUUAAACUUUCCAUUUGGUUGUUUCCUAUACAAACCCUGUGGCAGCAUGGUAGUGUAUGAGAACCAGAAGGAGAACUGGAUGAGAAGCAAGAAUGACACUGACAAGAAAACAAUCAUAAAUAACCAAAAAAAACCUUAGAUUGUUAAUAAGCCAAGAUGGCAGCCCUCAGAUUUAUGGUUAAUGUAUGGCACUUGAACCCCAGUUCUGCAAACACUUAUGCCCAUGUUUAACUUUAAGCACAUGAGUAAUCUUACUGAAGUCAGGGGGCUCUGCACAGUUACAGGGAUAUGCCCAUAUGCAUCAAUUUGCAGGAUUGGGGUGCCUUUUUUCAUGGAAUCUCACCAAAUGAACCAUUUGAAAAUCAAUCAAUGGGAGAUUGUGGGUGUGAAUUGUGGCAGGGAGGACCCAUGAAAGAACAGUUCUUUUAUAAAGUGGUCCAUGGAAUGAAAAUGUCACAGAACUGCUAUCUGAGGCACUGUUAUUAGUAACACAAGUAAGGCAAUCUAUACAGUCUUAAACUGACAGCAUCCCCUUUUUAAAAGGGCUCUGUUGAGAUAUUUUUUAUACUUUUUUAAAACUCACUGUUUGUAUUCUCAAAAAAAAAAAAAAAAGGAGGACUUGUGGUACCUUAGAGACUAACAAAUUUAUUUGAGCAUAAGCUUUCAUGAGCUACAGCUCACUUCAUCGGAUGCAUGAGCUGUAGCUCACGAAAGCUUAUGCUAAAAAAAAAUGUGUUAGUCUCUAAGGCCACAAGUCCUCCUUUUCUUUUUGCGAAUACAGACUAACACGGCUGCUACUCUGAAACCUGUUUAUAUUCUGUUUACAAUGGCCCUUGUUGCUUAUGGAAGUUUGAAACUGAAAUAGAUUUUCAUUUCAAAUUUUUUCCCAUUGUCCACACACACACACACACACACACUGGUCUGUUGUUAUAGGGUUGCUCACAAGCAGUGAGCUUCUGGCUUUGUAUUAGGAUUUUUUAAGCACUGAAUAAUUUGUUUAGAAGAAGGAGGGAUUACUAUCCAGAGAGAAUGAUAUUGGUUUUUGUUUUCAAACAAAUGUAACAAAUACAAAUAAAGAUGUGUCAAAUUUGGAGCCUAAUGAUCCUGACAGGAUCCACGUAGAGUGAUAAUUGAUAACUUUUCCGCAGGAUUUUGAAAGGGUAACUGUUGGCAUAAAUACCAGAAGAAGUAUUUGGUUUUUGGUUUUUAUCUUUGGCUGCCAUAGACAAAAUUUGUAAAUGUAUCGAUACACCUGUAAAUAUUCUCAUUGUAAACCAUCAUUAAAUAUGGUGUUAGAGAAAACCCAAAACAGACAGUUAAGCCAAUCAGUAUAUAUACACUAACGUGACAUUGUAAUGGACGUACAUACAAAUUGUGCUUAAGCAGAAUUCUGAAGAGAAAAUAAGCAAUGGCUAGUUGAAAGGCUCUAGUUACUUUAUUUUUUGCUGUCUAUUUAUUGCUUUAUUUUUACAUGUUCCAUAUGACAAAGAAAUAGCAGAUCCCCACAGCCUUAAUGAAAUGGAAAUGUCAUUUUGAAAGCUACUAAUGUAUUACUGGGCAUAAUGAUAUGUCCUGCUUACUUCAAUCUUGUGAGGGAAUAAAUGCACAAACUCCAAAAGCUCAUUGACUAGGGAUAGAACGUUUGUUUACUCUAAAGUAAUUAAGGGCCUGAUCUUGUGAGGUGCUGAGUGCCAUUCCCAUUGACUUGGCAGCCUGCAGGAUAGGGGACUUGCAGAAAAAGGCUAAGCAGUCCAACUUGAAAACUUUUUUUAACCAGCAAAACAAUUGUCUGGCUCUUGUAAAAAAAUAACUGCCACUCUAACAUUUAGUAGUACAUUACUCCCUAUGUAAACUGAUUUAUUUCCAUGAGACUGCUAAAAGCUUGUAUAGAGGAGGGAAAUUUGCACUAGUGUAAUUAUGUCUAUGUAGCUAUACGAGCGAAAACCGCUAAUGCGGCCACACUGCCUUGGUGCAACACAUGGCUUGCACUGGUGCAGAACAUCUACACUGAAGGUAACUAAAUAGGGGCAACCCCCCAUCCUGAAUACACAGGCCUAACUUACUGCUCACUGUGAGUAAGGAGAGCAGAAUUAGCCUCUCUAGGUUCUCAAUUAGGGGUACUCAUACCCUGGAGAAUGCAGAGGUCUUCCCUGGGGUACAUCAGUUCAUCUAGAUAUUUGCCUAGUUUUACAGCAGGCUAUAUUAAAAGCACUUGUGAUGUCAGUACAAUCUAAAAUUUCAUAUGCACAAUGACUUGUUUAUACUGCUCUCUAUAUAAGGCUAUGAUUUUGGUAUGAGUAUUUUUAUUAAAAGUCAUGGAUGGGAUGCAGGCAAUAAAUAAAAUCACAGAAACGUACACAGAGCUGGCGUUUGGGGAUAGCAAGCAGGGCAACUGCCCAGAGCCCCUUGCCACAGGGGGCCUUGCAAAGCUAAAUUAUGGGCAGCGGGCCUCGAGCUUUGGCUUCACAAGUGAAAAACAGACUCAUGUGUCACUCUGAAAUGUAAGUACAAUAUUUAUAUCCCAAUCGAUAUAUUUUAUAAUUAUAUGGUAAAAAUGAGAAGGUAACAAUUUUCCAGUAAUAGUGUGGCAGUGACACUUCUGAAUUUUUAUGUCUGAAUCUGUAAGCAAGUAGUUUUUAAGUGAGGUGAAACUUGGGGUAUGCAAGACAAAUCAGCCUCCUGAAAGGGGUAUUGUAGCCUGGAAAGGUUGAGAACCACUACUCUAGGGAAAGCUGUAGAUCUAAAGGUUAACAAAUCCCAGCUAGGGACAGAACCAAAGUAGGAACUUUAGGGGAGGGUGGAGAAGGGGAGCUGGGUAGCUCAGGCACAUUGCAAGAUCCAACUAGAAAAUCCUGACUGACAUGUAUUUCCAGGAUUGCAGAAUGUGCACUUGCUCUCCUUUGGGCCUUGUGUGGAGGUGCCCUGUAUCUCCUAAGUAGUGUACUGUAAUGUAUACUACUUAGGAGAUACAUUACAGUAUCCAUUACUUAGGCUACAUCUCUUAGGAGAUACAUUACUUGCUAGAGCUCAGAGCUUAUCUACAAGGGGAGAAAUUAACCAAUUUAGCUAUUUUGGAAUGACAUCUAUAGCUAUUCACGUAUAAAUGAGCUAUUCUGGAAUAACGCCCCCCAGGUAGACCAUCUGUUCCAGAAGAAAAGUGAUUUAUUCCAAAAUAAUUACUUAGCUUUGAAAGUGGAGUAAUUAUUCUGGAAUAAAGUCAUUUUUUAUUUUGGAUUAGAGUGAACCCCUGGGCAGAUACUCUGGAAUAACUAUGCCGAUCAGUUUCCUCACAUGGAGAAGCCCUCAGCAAAUAAUUCACAGUGAACAGUUUAUCCACAAAAUGUCUCUUCUUGUGUCUUGCAAAAUGCCUGCAAACAGUUAAAAAUGUCCUCACCUUUGGUAAUUAAAUAUAUUAAAUGAAUGUUUUUAACUCUAUGGAUUCAUCAUGAAUAAGUCACUUGUGACUAUUUGACCCUUGCUAUUUGUGCUGUACUGGCUAGUUGUGAUUGGUAAGAUAAGUCACACAGUAAUGUUUCUAUUCCAUGACCUGGAUGAGUGAGCAAGUACCUCCUUCCCUGCCCAGCUCAUCUUCACAGCUUACAGAAAGGAACUGCUGAAUGGCUUCCAAAUUGGGGGGGGGGGGGGAGGGUGAAGUUGCUCAGUCAGUGGUA